AUGAGGGAUCGGAGGACGACAUAUCAGCAGGGUCAACUUGGGGAAGAUGGUCGACUGGUUGUUCCCACGCCGGUACUUCAGCACCCUCCUUUCCCUCCUCCUCCGCCGCCGCCUCAACCGCCUCAGGUUCAACCGGAAGUCCAACCGCAAGCUCAACCCUUUCCGCAAGCAAAUCUUGAUGGUUUGUGGGUACCGUUUCCUGCAGGAGUUCCCCAGCCGCAAGUGCAAGGUCUCCAACCCGUGGGAGAAACACCGUUCAUAGAUCAGCGCAACGUAUACGACAUGGACCGGGAAGCCCGUAUUCGACAGGGCCAGGGACGGUUCAGCAUCAUCAUGUACUACCCAGACGGCAGAAACACCGAGCCAGAAACCCGAGAGUGGCGCCCUGAACCCCGCGCCAACAGACGCCGACCACCUCCCCUCGCGCGUCUAGGCGAGAGGGCGGGAGCACCGCGGGCCUGGCCCGUAUUCGCGAUCCACGCCGAGGACCCCCUGUGCAGCCAUCACCUGCCGGCGUCGUGGGAGGUGGAGGACAUGAACAACCGCGUCCAGCCGCCCGCGUGCACGUUUUGCCGGUCGAGGGCGUACGCCGUGUACUUUCGGUGCCGGACGUGCGGGAUCGUGGCGUGUAGUAUGCAUAAUAGCGUCCGGUUUGGGUUGACGUGGGCGCAGGCGGUGAGGGUGAGGAACGGGUUGAGGAAUCGGGUCUGGAUUGAGCCGGCGGGCACUAGGAGAGGUGAGAAUAGGAGAGACGAGAAUCGGAGAGGUGAGUGUAUCCGUUUCCUGACCAGUUUGACGUCGGUGUUUGCCGGAGUUUUUUUCUGA